GGUUUAGCAAUCAGCACCGCAUAGAGGGUUAAGGUUAAGGAAGGCAAUAUGGUAAUUUUGAAAUAUCAUCGAGGGUUGUUUUGUCCAAAAGUUCUCAUAUAUAUAUAUAGAUGAAAUGCAAUAACGGGCUUCGACCAAAAAUUCAAACCCAACGGCGACGUUUCAGUCUUCCUCUUCUUCUGCUCUGCGUUUCCAUUCUCUCAGAGUAGAGUAUCAAAGUCUUUGCUCUCUGAAAAAAGGGAAAUAGGAUAAUGGCCAAGUUUGUUGCUCCUAGCCACCUGAUUAUCAAAGAUGAAAACUUCGAUCUUCAUCCCAAAAAAACUAUCAAGUCAAACAAGUCCAAGGCAGAUGGAAAGAAAGGUGGUUCAGGGAUUGCAGGUCGAAAAGCUCUAAACGAUAUAACAAACAAAACAUCACUUCUCCCAGAAGCCUCACUUAAGAAAACAAAUUUACCCAAGGAAAAUAUUAAUGUAAAGGAGGAAAUGUUCUUGCAUGAUCACAAGAAAUGCAUUGAGGCCAAAAGAGCUGCAAUGGGAAAUUUCAAUCUUGAGGCAGUUCUUCCACGAGAUGAUUCCAUAUCUAUUCUAGAGCAGAUAAAGUUUCCACAAUCCCCUCGAUGCUAUCCGGAUCCAGUAGAAUUGCCAAUGUCAGAAUUUUCUGAUUGGUUAGACUAUUCAUUGCAGUGGAGCUCUCCUCCUUCUCCAUUACCAUGGGACUCUCCACCAUCUCCCCUUGCAUGGCAAAAUGAAGCAUUUGAAUUUGUUCUGAAGGAAGAAAUUGAUGUCCAAGUGUAACUAUUUCUUCUGGUAUGUAAUAAAUAGAACUGGUGGAUUCUACCUAAUGAAAUCAACAUGCCUCAUUUUUUGGUUUCUUUCUCUUCCGUCUCACAAUUCCUUAAGUUGAAUGAUUUUAUAUUCAUUUUCACAAUUAAACAUAAGAUCUAAUGUACUGAACAAUGUGGAAUAGGUAAUGUGGUGAUUACUGAGUUUUGUUAUCUA